GCGCGAGCAGAACCUGCAGGGGACGGAUCAGCCAUGGCUCUGCUUCUGGACGUGGGCGCGCACUGCUACCUGAUCCGCCGCCGGUUCAGGAGGAGGAGGAGGAAGAAACGCUCGGAGCGUAAAGGUAUGAGUGGAUCCCGUCCCCAGCAGAGGCUGCUAACAAGAGAGGGGAUCGAAACCCAAAGCAUGAGUUCAUGCAGCACAGAUGUUAAAGAAAAUCACAACUUGGACAACCUCAUUUCCAAAGAGGGGGUUUCACCUGUGGGUGGUCAGAUCCCCGGGGAAAGGACCAGGCGAGGGAGAAAACGGCCCUUGGCGGAGGGCAACAAUGGCCGUACAAAUUGCAAGUACUGGCCGAAAAAGCGCAAGAAAGCUUCGGGGCCCGUUCUGCCCAAGAACGCCCUCAUGCAGCUGAACGAGAUAAAACCGGGACUUCAAUACAAGCUGCUCUCUCAGUCUGGCCCAGUCCAUGCCCCCGUCUUUGUGAUGGCUGUGGAGGUCAAUGGACAGACGUUCGACGGCUCUGGUUCGACAAAAAAGAAGGCCAAGCUGAACGCUGCAGAAAAGGCCCUGCGUUCCUUCGUCCAGUUCCCCAAUGCGUCUGAAGCCCACAUGGCCAUGGGUCAGACUCUGUCCGUUCACACAGACUUCACCUCAGACCAGGGGGACUUUCCCGAUGCGCUGUUCAAUGCUUUUGAGACAUCCAGAGCUUUAGAUAAUCCAUCAUACCUGACUCCCACCAUUAACAGCCCCUUCACAUCUCUGGGACUAAGGCGCCCAUUGGUAACCUCCCCUACCCCGACCCUAGCCCAGCGUUCCUUACCCUCUACACCAUCUGCCUUCCGCUCUGCGACGAUGGGCAAGAAUCCUGUAAUGACUCUUAAUGAGAUGAGGCCAGGGCUGAAAUAUGACUUUGUGUCGGAGACCGGGGAGAGCCAUGCCAAGAACUUUGUCAUGUCGGUGACGGUGGAUGCUCAGAAGUUUCAGGGUUCUGGGCGGAACAAGAGGCUGGCAAAGGCCCGGGCUGCCCAGGCUGCUCUGUCCGCACUCUUUCAUAUACAGCUGGACCAGGUGCCGUCCCGGCAGCCCAUACCCAGAGAGGGAGUGCAGCUUCAUCUACCACAGGUCCUGGCUGAUGCCGUCUCUCGUCUGGUUGUGGAAAAGUUCAGUGAACUGACAGAUAACUUCACAUCUCCGCAUGCUCGAAGGAAAGUUUUGGCAGGUGUCGUCAUGACCACAGGUACAGAUGUGAAGGAGGCGCAGGUCAUCUGUGUGUCCACAGGGACAAAGUGCAUCAACGGCGAAUACAUGAGCGACAGGGGACUAGCUCUGAAUGACUGCCAUGCUGAAGUUAUAGCUCGCCGGUCCCUCAUCCGGUUUCUGUACUCCCAGCUGGAACACUUCCUCAGUACCAACGAAGAGGAGCAUCACAAAUCCAUCUUCGCCUUCUGUGACAGCAGCCGAGGUUUCAGACUGAAAGAAAAUGUCCAGUUCCACUUGUACAUCAGCACCUCCCCCUGUGGAGACGCCCGCAUCUUUUCGCCUCAUGAAGCUGCUGUAGAGGAUCAGAGCGACAGACACCCAAACAGGAAGGCCCGCGGGCAGCUGCGGACUAAGAUUGAGUCUGGUGAAGGAACCAUCCCUGUGCGCUCUGGCAGCACCAUUCAGACAUGGGACGGGGUCCUUCAGGGUGAGAGGAUGCUCACCAUGUCCUGCAGUGAUAAGAUUGCCAGGUGGAACGUGGUUGGAUUCCAAGGCUCUUUGAUGACCUACUUCACCCAGCCGAUCUACUUCUCCAGCAUCAUCCUGGGCAGCUUGUAUCAUGCUGACCACCUGUCCAGAGCCAUGUACCUGCGGCUCACUGAGAUCGAGGUGCUGCCACCGUCUUUCAGCCUGAACAAGCCUCUGCUCAGUGGGAUCAGUAACACAGAGGCUCGUCAGCCUGGAAAGGCGCCAAACUUCAGUGUAAACUGGACAGUUGGAGACCAGGGCUUGGAGGUGAUUAACGCCAACACAGGGAAGGAUGAUCUAAGUCGACCUUCGAGACUCUGCAAGCAUGUGUUGUACACCCGUUGGAUGGACUUGCACAGCAAGCUGACCUCCGUCCUGCGCAUACAACCGGUACAGCCCAGGACUUACCAUGAAGCCAAGCAGGCGGCAGUGGAAUAUCAUUCUGCCAAGCAGACCCUCUUCAGAGCCUUCCACAAGGCCGGACUGGGUGCCUGGGUUAAGAAACCUGUAGAGCAGGACCAGUUUUCUCUCAAUAGCUGAGCGUGAGACUGGUCCUGGGCCUGCUCAACUACUGGAUCUGUUUCAGGUGGAGAAUUAUGUCCCCUAUAAUUUUUUUUAUAGA